UCGCGUCAAAUGCGACCCUUGCAAGUCGGCAUUAUAGCCGCGCACACUGCGCCCGCCCCCAAAAUCCCCAUCUCCACCCCGAGAGGCUAUCAACUAAACACCGCGAAAUGUUUCUGUUAUCAUUCAGCGCGAGGCCCGAACCCAAAGAGAAACGUUCAGUAAUCGUCACCUUUGUGCGGCCGACGUCGCAGCAGUGAUAGCCCACGUCUAUAGUGAACACGCAUCAGGUGAAGAUGUCCUCGCCGAAGCCACCGGUUGGCCACCCUCACGAGCACAUCAAGAGACCCAUGAACGCCUUCAUGGUGUGGUCGCGCGGACAGAGGCGGAAGAUGGCCCAGGAGAACCCGAAGAUGCACAAUUCGGAGAUUUCGAAACGUCUGGGGGCUGAGUGGAAGCUGUUGAGUGAGUCGGAGAAGAGGCCCUUCAUCGACGAGGCCAAGAGGUUGAGAGCCCUUCACAUGAAAGAACACCCGGACUACAAAUAUAGACCGAGGAGAAAACCAAAACCCCAACUGAAGAAAGAAACCAAGUUCGGAUUCUCCAUAGGCCCCCUCCUAUCGCCAUCCAUGGACAACACCAACCUGCAGAGGGCGAUGAUGCCACCCAUAUCAUCAGCAACAGGUCUACCAUCACUGCUACCAACAGAAACAGACGCCUUGAAACUUCCACCCUCCCUCUUCCCACCGUUUCCGUACUUCAACCACUUCCGGUACCCGGACGAGAAUAAACUGAGGGAAUUGGCGCUGUUUUACAGCAACAACCAUCUGUACUCCCCCGGUUUGGACUGGCCGAACCUCAUAAGGAACGUGACAAGCCCAGCCUGCAAUUUCUGCCCCCCUAGUUUCCCCCACAGGACCCCCAGUCCCGAGAACAUGAAGCGACCUGUAUGUGUGAUCAUGAAGAACGAGGAUUUCAGAAACGAGCAACUUCCGCCGGCUCACGUCAUUUGAAAACCACUUCCGGUUCUGCCUGAAAGGUUGAACCUUGGUAGUUGGUUUAGUGAUAUCGCCAACCUGGCGACCAGUUCUGUCAAAACGUCCUCGGCUACAGUGACGAGUGAAUAUCAAGAUAGUUUAUCUGAGAGAGAUACCAAAAGUCCAUAAACUACUUGUUGAUAGAUUUAAGGAUAUUUAGAAUUUUUCGUGCACAUAUCAAAUUACAUGUACACCUCGAGAAUUUGUAUUUCGGACUCGUGUACGAGGUGUCCCAACAAAAACGUGCAUUUACAUCACUUCAAAGGGCGUUUCAAUUAAAUACAAAGAACAAUACUAAAGUAAUUCAUGUCCUACUCCUGAGGAAGAAAAACUGUCCAAUAUAGUUGAGCCUGUAAAUUGAUAACCAAGGCGCAGUCGAGGCUAGCAACCAGGCGAGACAAUAGACACACAGGGAGCUGUGGGUGUAAUGUUAUACUUGGGACACCUUGUAUGAUGAACUUGUAUAUAAGGAACUUCCGGACUAGUCUCGAAUAAAAGAUUGUUUUGUACGAAAAGAAGUUUAAAGUUUAACUGAAGUAAUGAAGCGGAAUAGUGCAAUUGUAUUUGUUUUCGUUUUAUUAUACAUAAAACUUUUUUUGAGUACUCUUAACUGAGGUUGUAAUUGUUGAUCUGUGUGGUAUCCACAUUACCCAUUUUUUAGGCCAAAUGUUUGCAAUUGAGGAUGUUUUUCGUUAUUAUCAAACCAUUUCUUUCCACUGAUAUAUGAAUGUUGAUUUUGAUAGAUUAGGUUGGAAUCAUGUUGAUUGAAUUUUUCACACUUGUACAUAUCUGAAACUGUUAUCGAGUGUAGAGGCACAAUUUUAGUUGUUCAUUAUUUAUAGUUGAUAUAAAUGUAAUUUUUCUGUUUCAUGAUUAUUAAACGAUAGAUAAAAUCA